AUGCAGCAUCUCCUGCUUGACGGACCCUGGUCCGUCAACGGCAUCAUUCUCCAGCAAUCUCCGUGGAAACCCUUCUUCGAACCCACCUUCGCCAAGCUCAGCAUUGCAGCUAUAUGGUUGCAACUCCAUAAUCUUCCCGUGGAGUUCUGGGAUGGCGAAACUUUGGAGACCAUUGCUAACCAGUUUGGAACUUUGCUCAAGGUUGAUGAUUUUACAACUUCUUUUAGUAGGUCCAAAUAUGCCCGAAUCUGUGUCGAGAUCGAUCUAUCCAAACCGCUUAGUCGUGGCUUCUGGAUCAGUGACGAUCUACACAGGGUGUUUGUUGUUGUACAGUAUGAACGUUUGCCGAUGUUCUACUAUUCAUGUAGAAUGAUCGGUCACGGUAGCAAUUCCUGCCUACAAUCUAUGAAGUCUGGUGCUGCUAAAACCAACUUGCCCCAGCCAACGUGGCGGGUUGGGUCUGGUUCUAGCCCAGUAUCGAAUGAUUAG